UUUUCCUAUAAAGAAACUUCUCACAAAGUUUUUUGGCUUUGGAUUUUCCCUUCAAAAUUUGGCUGAUUUUCUUCCACAAAAAGUGUUGGUGUGUUUUGAUUGUAUGGCAAGAACUUGCAUGGCUGUGCAGGCAAAUGCAUUGUUUCUUAGGAAAAUGAGACAAUUGAGGCGACAAUUCAGCAGCUUUGUAAUUGAGUCCAGAGGCCAACAAGCCCCAAAUCAAAAAGAAGAUGAGACAGAAACAGAGUCAUUGUCCUAUAACUCAUCCACUUGGGUGCCCCAUCCUCGUACUGGAAUUUACUUCCCUCAAGGCCAUGAGUGGGUCAUGAAGGACAUCCCUGAAAAUGCAGCUUCCUUCUCUCAACUUUGUUGGUUUCGGGAUUCCGAUGGCAUCGACGACUUGAAUCUCGAUAACGAUAACUCUCCGAGGCCUCGAUUUGCAACUGUUUUCAGUGGUCGGGAUUGAGCCUUCGAAAAGAAGGUUGUUAAUGGAACGAUGAACAACGUGUUAACGAUUAGAGUUUAGAGUGAGUUGGAGUAAGGUUGGCCAAUGACCCAAAUUGGCCUUGAAAUAAUGUAGAGUUUGAUAGAUGUACGUAAAUAUAGCAUAAUAAAGUGAAGAAAUGGUACUUUGAAAAUUAAA